CAAGGUCCGUGUUAUCUUGUGCGAUUAGUUUCCCUGCAAUGACUAAUCCAUUUAUCUUGAUCAACUGAUACACCUACGCCAAAUUUAGAUAUUUUGAACGGAGACGUCAACUGCACUCUUCUCCUUCAACACAAUAUUUUCACCAUGGCCCUGGCACUGGUCCAGUCCCUCUCCAGACACUCCGCUAAAGCCCUAAGGGCCAGAUGGAGGCUAUCUCAGACUCUGCACAUCUCUUACCUGCCUCUGGGGGGUGCCAUUCACAACAGCCAGCCCUCUACCAACCCUACAGCCAGACUUCCUUGUCUAAAAGCCUUUCACCUCAGCACAGCGUCAUCCAGCCCUGACCCUAACAAGCCCAAAUCAGUGUUGUCCUCCAGCCUCGAGGUGGAGCUGUUUGAGAUGGGGAUGUGGUCUCUGGGUCUGGGGACCUUAGGAGUUGCCAUUGUUGGAAUCUUCCUGGCCAACACUGACUUGUGUCUGACCAAGGCUGCCCAGGCCUCGCUGGAGUACCUGGAGGACGCAGACCUCCGCUCCACUGGAGACGAUGAGAACACCAUAAAGGCCAAAGCUCUGUGGGAGAAGACGGGAGCAGUAGUCAUGGCUGUACGACGGCCCGGAUGAUUUUUGUGCAGAGAGGAAGCUUCCGAGCUGUCCUCUCUGAAGACCCAGCUUGAGGAUCUCGGGGUCCCUCUAGUUGCCGUGGUGAAGGAGAACAUCGGCACGGAGAUCCAGGACUUCCGAUCACACUUCGCUGGGGACAUCUAUGUAGACGAGAAGCACCACUUCUAUGGCCCACUACAGAGGAAGAUGGGGGGGCUGGGCUUCAUCCGUCUGGGGGUGUGGCAGAACUUUAUGCGGGCCUGGAAGGCCGGUUACCAUGGCAACAUGUUGGGGGAGGGCUUCGUCCUGGGAGGCGUGUUUGUCAUCGGCGCGGGGAACCAGGGAAUUCUUCUGGAGCACAGGGAGGAGGAGUUUGGCAACAAAGUGGAGAACCAAGAUGUUUUGCAGGCUGUCAAGAGAAUUGUUCCAGUGCAAUAAUGGUUAGUUUUGUGUUCACGAACUUAGUAGCAUUAGACCAACGCUGAUAGAGGCCUCUGUUUCAUUCACAACAUAACUUUAUCCCAACAAGUGUUUGUGAGUUGUGUAUGACAUUUUAAACUUGAAAGGGGCAUUUUUCAUAUCUGUAGUUCUCCUGCACCAACCUUAUAUGAUUUAUAUUAUUGCUAGCUCCGCCCAUCAGAACAAUGUGAAUGCUCAGGUAAAUGAGCUCCACUGCUUAUAAUAUCCUGACCUCUUAACUCCCUGCACUCAUAAGCCCAUUGGAAGACGAGGUGGACCUAUUUUUUUCUCUAGAUGUGGAAACUCCCAAGUUGUACCAACUAGACAGUGUUCUGUAGGCUUAAGGUCUUGGUCAGGUUGUUAUUGUAAAAUGUGUUCUCAUGACUUACCUGGUUAAAUGAAGGUAUUGUCAACCAGGGACCUUACUGCUUGCACUUGAACUGAGAACACUUGAACAUUACUCAUCUCUUGGGAGAGCGGUAUAUCUACAACUAGUGUGUUUACACUUUUAUUGAAGUCAAACUCAACUCGAGGAAUGCACGGUUCUCUGCAUCUGGAUUUUGUACGUAAAGUCAGUCUUGUAACGUUGCUAUGUGUUAUAUUAUAUUAUACCUGUGAAUGAGUGUGUGUGGUCGAUGUGUGUUUAUUAAUGAAGACCUGACUGUAAACUCGGUGACGAGGGGAGCAGGUUUGAUAUCCAAACACACACUGCCUCAUACUCACCAUGGCCAGGUUGGCAGGAAGCAGGUGUGUGAGAGACAGGGUGCAAAGCACAAUAAACCCAUCACACCAUC